UGCAUCCCGCUGCAGAGCACAUCACAUCACUGCGGUACUCUGCAUAGGACGCAUGUGACGCACAGGCAUUCAGUUAACGUCUUUUUCCCCUUUAACCGCAUCGGUGAUGUAAUAAGUGAAUGACGCUCUUUCAUCUUUAAAUAGAAAAAGAUACAGGAACGUGUUUCGCUUCAGCGGAGAAGAGCAUAUAGCUUCCUCAAACUGACUGACAUCAGCAUGGGCAUAGAGAGUCAGGGCCCUGCGCGGCCAGUUGGAAACCUGACACCAAAGCAGGUGAAAACAUUUCAGAAUGUGGAACCAAAAGCGCUGGGGUCCAUUCAGAUUAUCAUUGCUGUAUUGUGCCUGUGUUUGAGCAUUACCAUUCUUCAGCUCUAUGAAGAGGUUCACUUCUCUCCUGAUGUUAUUGUUGUGGUAGUAAUUGUUGUUCAGUUGCUAGUGUCUGGUUCGAUUUUAAUCCACGCUGGGAGAUUCCCAUCUCUGUUUUGGGUUAAAGCUACACUGGUUGCCCACCUGGUUAGUGCAGCGUUUUCCACUGCUGUUCUUGGUCUGCUGUCUCGUCACCUGCCUUACCGCCAGGACACUUACCACUGUGAGCACUGCAGGAGGCUGGAGAUCUAUUCUGUGCAACAAUAUUGUUUCAGGAAGUGCAGUUAUACUGUCGAGAGAAAUUGUAAAGUAAGUAAUUCUUAUCAUUAUGCUUUUCUUUAUGUUUACAUGAAAGUGCUUAAUUAUUUGUUAAUAAUUUCAGGGCCAUACUAG